AUACAUGUUCCUGAUCCAGCGUUGUACCCACCUCACUUCGAUCCUUCGGUCAUCCCAGCCAUGGCUUCAUCCCCACACAGCUCCUCUCAUCUCUACUUCCUCCUUGUCUUCUUCCUCCUCCUGGCUGCUGCCACAGCCUUCCCGGUGACCUCCGAGUUCGAACUCGGCCGGCAGAGUAGAAUCCACUUCCGCGUCUACUUCCACGAGACCUUUCUCGGCCCCGACAACACCACCGUGACCGUGGUGAACAUGAGACUCCCCAACACCUUCGGGGACGUCGACAUCUUCGACGCCGUGCUGAGGACCGGCCCCUCUAAGCGUUCGACCGAAGUCGGGAGGGCGCAGGGCGUGAGCUUCCACGCGUCGCAGCGGGACGAGUCGUCGCUGAUACCGCUGGUGCUGGUGUUCACGGCGGGGGAGUUCGCCGACAGCACGCUCACGGCGAUCGGGAGACUGGACGCGUCCGGGAAGGCGGAGCGGGCCAUCGUGGGUGGGACGGGGGUGUUCCAGUACGCAUGGGGGAAGCUGGCGAGCGAGCUGGUGACGUCCUCGGUCGAGGGCCUCGUCGCCGCCUUCGACGUCUACGUCAUCUACUACACCGACGCUUAAUACAAGACAAAAAGAACUCCGGCUAUGGCGUCACUCCAUGAAGCCAGCGGUCGGAAUAAGGACAAAACAAAAGGCUGAAAGAAGUGCUAUUCUACGUGUCACUUUGUUCUUCAUCUUUAUCUGAA